CUCGACCCCUUCGGGGGGCCCAGGCGGGGCCCAAACAUUCGCCAGCGCCGCAGCCGCCGCCAUCGUGUGCCUCGCGUCCCUAGCUCUGCAAAGGACAGGCCUCGGCCAGGAUCCCGGCGGACUUCUGAGGUGCCAGCAUGGUGGGGGAACUCCGCUACAGGGAGUUCAGGGUGCCCCUGGGGCCUGGCUUGCAUGCGUAUCCCGACGAACUGAUCCGACAGCGAGUAGGCCCCGACGGGCACCCCGAGUAUCAGAUCCGCUGGCUCAUCCUCAGGCGUGGAGAUGAUGGGGAAGGGGACUCUGCCCCAGUGGACUGCAAGGCCGAGCAUAUCCUCCUAUGGAUGUCUGACGAUGAGAUCUAUGCUAACUGCCACAAGAUGCUGGGCGAGGACGGCCAAGUCAUCGGACCUUCCCAGGAGCCUGCAGAGGCCGGGGCCCUCGACAAAUCCGUGCUGGGGGAGAUGGAAACAGACGUCAAAUCCUUGAUUCAGAGGGCCCUUCGUCAGCUGCAGGAGUGUGUGGGCACCGCUCCCCCCGCCCCUCUCCUUCACACUGCCCACGUACUCAGUGCCUACGCCAGCAUCGAACCCCUCACCGGAGUCUUCAAAGACCCCAGAGUCCUGGACUUGCUCAUGCACAUGCUGAGUAGCCCUGACUAUCAGAUCCGAUGGAGUGCAGGCCGGAUGAUACAAGCUCUGUCCUCCCAUGAUGCUGGCACCCGGACCCAGAUUCUUCUGUCACUGAGCCAGCAAGAGGCCAUCGAGAAACACCUGGAUUUUGACAGCCGCUGUGCGUUGCUGGCACUCUUUGCUCAGGCCACUCUCGCCGAACACCCCAUGUCUUUUGAGGGCGUUCAGCUGCCGCAGGUCCCAGGACGGCUGCUCUUCUCCCUGGUGAAACGGUACCUGCAUGUCACCUUCCUCCUGGACCAGAUGAGUGGCAGUGCAGGGGAGCAGGGACCCCAGAGCAGCUUUGUUCCUGAGGAGUUGAACGUAGGGAGGGACCGGCUGGAACUGGAAUUCAGCAUGGCCAUGGGCGCUCUGAUCUCCGAACUGGUGCAGGCCAUGCGCUGGGACUGGGCCUCGAGCAGACCAGGGAGGCGGGCACGGGCCUCCUCUUCCAUUUUCCAGCCUCAGCCAGCAGAUGCCGGCUUGGCGUUCCCCCGCCCCCACGCCCAGCUCAUCAGGAGGUCAAGGCGGUUUCGAUCCCGCACUGAGUUUGCAAGUGGCAAUUCCUAUGCCUUGUAUGUGCGGGACAUGCUGCGGCCUGGGAUGUGGGUACGGAUGCUGGAUAAUUACGAGGAGAUCACUGCUGGGGACGAGGGCCGGUUCCGACAGAGCAACGAUGGUGUGCCCCCUGCACAGGUGUUGUGGGAGUCAACAGGCCGCACCUAUUGGGUACACUGGCACAUGCUGGAGAUCCUGGGCUUUGAGGAAGACAUUGAGAAUGUGGUUGAGUACCAGGAACCAGUGGUCAGCGGAGCACUGGGCGUAGCCCCACCCUCCAGGCGCUGGAAGCCCAUAACUGAGCUCUUUGCUGUGCCUUAUGUGGUGCCUGAGGAGGGAGACGCAGAAGAGAGUGAGCACCUGACCCAGGCUGAAUGGUGGGAGCUCCUGUUUUUCAUCAAGAAGCUAAGUGCCGCAGAGCAGCAGCAAGUUGUGCAGCUCCUUCAGGACAACCUGGACGGGGAGCAUGUUCUGGACAAUGAGAUCCUUCCUGAGCUGACCGUACCCAUUGAGUUGGCCCAGGACCUGCUGCUCUCUCUGCCUCAGCAACUUGAUGACAGUGCUCUAAGGGACCUGUUCAACUGCUAUGUCUACAGGAAGUAUGGGUCUGAAGCCCUAGCAGGGCAGCUAGGCUACCCCUAUCCGCUAGAUGCUCAGCAAGCUGCAUUCGUGCUCAAAGCUGAGGCCCGGCCUCAGGAAUCAGAAGGUGUGGCGAGUGCAGAAGCCAAAGAGCCCCCACUUCAGAGUGCCAGCCCUGCCCUGCAGCGCCUGGUGGAGGGCUUGGGCCCAUCUGGGAAGCUCCUUGUGGAUCUAGAGCGAGCCCUCAGCUCCGAGGUUCCCCAGGAAAGUGAGGUCAAACCAUGCCUGCUGCAGCUCCGGCGGCAGCCCCAGCCCUUCCUCACGCUGAUGCAGAGCCUGGACACUCCAGCCACCAACAAGGCCCUGCACCUGACUGUGCUGAGAAUCCUGUCACAACUGGUGAACUUCCCUGAGGCACUGCUGCUCCCCUGGCAUGAGGCCAUGGACGCCUGCAUGGCCUGCCUUCGGUCUCCCAAUACUGACCGAGAGGUACUCCAGGAACUAAUCUUCUUCCUACACCGUCUGACCUCCACGAGCCGGGACUACGCAGUGAUACUGAACCAGCUGGGAGCCCGCGAGGCCAUCUCCAAGGCCCUGGAAAAGCACCGGGGGAAAUUGGAGCUGGGUCAGGAGCUGCGGGAUGCGGUGUUCAAGUGUGAGAAGCACGCUCACCUCUACCGGAAACUCACCACCAACAUCCUGGGCGGCUGCAUCCAGAUGGUGCUGGGCCAGAUUGAAGAGCACAGGCGAACCCACCGGCCCAUCAACAUCCCUUUCUUUGACGUGGUCCUCAGAUAUCUGUGCCAGGGCUCCAGUGAGGACAUGAAGAAAGACAGGUACUGGGAGAAAGUGGAGGUGUCCUCCAACCCGCACCGGAUCGGCAAGCUGACGGACCGCAACCCCAAGACCUACUGGGAGUCCAGCGGCACCGCCGGCUCCCACUCCAUCACCUUGCACAUGCGCAAAGGUGUCCUCAUCAGUUCCCAUUGGUUCUUCUUCCCCACUCCCAGGAAGCUGACUCUGCUGGUGGCUGGCGAGGACUCAAGCUACAUGCCGGCCUUUGUGGUGGUGUGCGGGGGUGACAGCAUCAGCUCUGUUAACACAGAGCUCAAUGCGGUGAACGUGAUGCCCUCCGCCAGCCGGGUCGUCCUCCUGGAGAACCUGAGCCGCUUCUGGCCCAUCAUCCAGAUCCGCAUAAAGCGCUGCCAGCAGGGCGGCAUUGACACACGCAUCCGGGGACUGGAGGUCCAGGGCCCCAAGCUCGCCUUCUGGCCAGUGUUCCGAGAGCAGCUGUGCCGGCACACACGCCUCUUCUACAUGGUUCGAGCACAAGCGUGGAGCCAGGACAUAACAGAGGACCGCCGAAGCCUCCUGCACCUGAGUUCUAGACUAAAUGGGGCUCUGCGCCAGGAGCAGAAUUUUGCUGAUCGCUUCCUCCCUGAUGACGAGGCCGCCCAAGCACUGGGCAAGACCUGCUGGGAGGCGCUGGUCAGCCCCCUGGUGCAGAACAUCACCUCUCCCGGUAACCACGACGAAGACAGCAGCAGCUCUCUGGGGUGGCUGCUGGAUCAGUACCUAGAGUGCAGGGACGCUGCCCACAACCCCCAGAGCCGCGCAGCAGCCUUCUCCUCACGGGUUCGCCGCCUCACCCACCUGCUGGUCCAUGUGGAGCCCUGUGAGGCAGCGCCUCCAGUGGUGGCCAUCCCCCAACCCAAGGGCAGAAAUAGAAGCCAUGACUGGAGUUCCUUGGCCACCCGGGGCCUUCCAAGCAGCAUCAUGCGAAACCUGACCCGUUGCUGGCGGGCUGUGGUAGAGGAGCAGGUGAACAAGUUUCUGACCUCAUCCUGGAGAGAGGAUGACUUCGUGCCGCGUUAUUGUGAGCUCUUCUAUAAGCUGCAGAAGUCGAGCUCUGAGCUGUUUGGGCCACGAGCUGCCUUCUUGCUAGCAAUGCAGAACGGCUGUGCCGACGCCUUGCUGAGGCUCCCCUUCCUCAGAGCUACCCAUGUGACGGAGCAGUUCGCUCGGCAUAUCGACCAGCGGAUCCAAGGCAGUCGGAUGGGUGGGGCCCGGGGAAUGGAGAUGCUGGCACAGUUGCAGCGAUGCCUGGAGUCUGUCCUGAUUUUCUCUCGGCUGGAGAUAGCCACCACCUUUGAGCAUUACUACCAGCAUUACAUGGCUGACCGUCUCCUGAGCGUGGGCUCGAGCUGGCUGGAGGGGGCUGUGAUGGAGCAGAUUGGCCUCUGCUUCCCCAACCGUCUCCCCCAGCAGAUGCUGCAGAGCCUGCACACCUCCGAGGAGCUGCAGCGACAGUUCCACGUGUACCAGCUCCAGCAGCUCGACCAGGAGCUCCUGAAGCUGGAAGACACAAAAAAGAAGAUGCAGGUGGCCCAUGGGGACAGCGGCAAGGAACACAAGAGCAAGAAGGAAGAGGCUGCCAGAGAGACAGCAGCUGUGACAACGGCGGAGGAGGACGGGGAGGAGGAGGACGGGGAGGAGGAGCUGUACUAUGAAGGGACAAUGCCUGAAGUGUGUGUGCUUGUCCUGUCUCCACGCUACUGGCCUGUCAAAUCUGUCUGCCACAUGCUCAAUCCUACAGCAUGCCUGCCCUCGUACCUGAAGGGGACUUUAAACCACUACUCCAACUUCUACAGCAAGAGUCAGAGCCAUGCGGUAGAGGAGGGCUCACAUCGGCGACUGCAGUGGACCUGGCAGGGCCGAGCUGAGCUGCAGUUUGGGGACCAACUCCUGCAUGUGUCCACAGUGCAAAUGUGGCUGCUGCUGUAUUUCAACGACCUAAAGGUAGUGUCUGUCGAGAGCCUGCUCGCACUCUCAGAGCUCCCCCCGGAUGUGCUCCAUCAUGCGAUCGGGCCUCUCACCUCAUCGAGAGGCCCCUUGGACCUUCAGGAGCAGAGAGAUAAACCAGGAGGAGUGCUCAAGAUUCGAGAUGACAGUGAGGAACCCAGGCCAAGGAGGGGCAAUGUGUGGCUCAUCCCACCUCAGAGGUACCUGAACGCGGAGGAUGAAGAGGGCCGGAACUUGGAGAAGAGAAGGAACCUUCUAAAUUGCCUUGUUGUCCGCAUCCUCAAGGCUCACGGGGAUGAGGGCUUGCACAUUGACCAGCUUGUGUGUCUGGUGCUGGAAGCUUGGGAGAAUGGUCCGUGUCCUCCCAGGGGUCUGGUCAGCAGCCUGGGCAGGGGAGCUGCGUGCAGCAGCACCGACGUGCUCUCCUGCAUCCUGCACCUCCUGGGCAAGGGCACACUGAGACGCCAUGACGACCGGCCGCAGAUGCUGUUCUAUGCAGUCCCCGUAACCGUCAUGGAGCCCCACACUGAGUCCCUGAACCCUGGAUCCACAGGCCCCAACCCACCCCUGACCUUCCACACCCUGCAAAUUCGCUCCCGGGGUGUCCCCUAUGCUUCCUGCACUGGCACCCAGAGCUUCUCCACGUUCCGGUAGCCCUGGAGCUGGGGUUCAGGAUAGGUGAGGCUGGGGCUUUCUACAGGAAAUAAAACAUGGGAGUUUGA